AUCAAACCCAGCCCAAGUAAGCCUUCCUCAGCUCUGCUCUCUCAAACCAAACCCAACCGACUCACCAGCAUUUCCUCCCUCUCUCCAGUCUCCGCAGCCAGACCCACUUUGUCUCGCUUUCUUCUAUCCCUUCUGCUUCUGCGUUUAACAAGACCGUGCAAAAGUCACAGCUUCUGAAAUGGUUGAAGAGUUGGUUUGUUAACACUGCUUUUUCAAAAUGGGGGAACAAGCGUUUUUUGAUAGAAUGAUGGGUCAUCUGCGUUCAACUUGCAAGUAUUAUACUGGUUAUCCCAAGGAUCUUGGGCCAUCACGGGUUAUUCAUUUCACAUCUGAGCGUGAAUUUGUCCAGCUUCUUCAUCAAGGUCGCCCAGUCGUUGUUGCAUUCACUAUCAGGGGAAACUACACAAUGCAUCUUGAUCGAGUGCUGGAGGAAGCUGCAGCUGAGUUUUAUCCAAAUGUUAAAUUUAUGCGCGUUGAGUGCCCUAAAUACCCAGGGUUUUGCAUAACAAGGCAGAAAAAGGAAUAUCCAUUCAUUGAAAUAUUCCAUAGCCCAGAACAAGCAGCCGACCAAGGGAGGGUUGCUGAUAAAAGUAUUACAAGAUAUUCUGUAAAAGUUCUACCGUUCAACUAUGAUCUCAGUGCUUAUGGAUUUAGAGAAUUCUUCAAGCGCCAUGGGAUACAGACAUGAGAUCCAAAGUAAAGACGUGGGCACAAAUAUAAAUGCUUACCCUUUUCUUUUUCUUGCUUAAGAACUUUGGGUUUAUUACCGUGUUUGAAAAUCUAUGAUGAUUGUGCUUCACCAAGUCUGAAUGGUUUGUUUUUUAUGUUGUGGUCGUGGAUACAGCUCCUCCCCCCUAAACAGCCCUCUCCCUCUCCACUGGCUCCUGACGCUUAAACACUGCUUGGUACAUGCAGAAAGUUUUGCAUAUACACUUUUUAGAAUAAUGGAUAUUUGGGUUUUGCAACUUGUAAUUGAGUAUUUGAUUUAAUGAUAGGUGUAUAGGUGAGUUAUUCAAAAAGUCAUUUUAGUAGGAUUCUGUACUAGGAAUAUAAAUAUUCAAACUUAUUUAUUGAGACCACUUGAAGACGGUAGAGUUUCCAACUGCA